AUGGAUUUGGGUUUUCAAGUCAUCUUAUUGGUUCAGUUCUUCCUGGGGAUCUCCGUAAAUGGAUUCAUUCUUGGGGUACUUUUCACCGAGUGGAUAACAGGUGGAAGCCUCAAUGCCAUCGAUAUGAUCCUUAUCUCUGUGGGUCUCAUCAGGUUCCUCUGGCAUUGGGUCAUUUCUCUGACCUGCCUAUUUCCCGACGCUGGUUUAUUGGUAUCGGCCAUUUGUAUUACUCUCAGCACUUUACUGAACUGGAGCAGCUUUGCACUGGUUUCUGUGCUCUGCGUCACCUUCUGUAUCAAAAUCUCAAACUACAACAACGCCGUUUUCAUUUACGUCAAGCUCAGGAUCUCCGAUAUACUGAAAAGGCUGAUCCUGGGUUCUCUGGGGAUCAGUUUGGCUUACAGUGUGAUUUCAGUGCCCUGGGAUAUGGUUGUGCCCCGACAGAAUAACUCUGACAUUUUGCUGGAGAGGAGCGCGUUCUUCCUAAUGGGGACAAGCACGGACUAUAGCUUCGCUCUGUUCUGCUUUGCAUUUUCCGUAUCGUUUAUAAUUCGAUUUGCCUCCAUCUCAGCUUUGAUUCACUCUCUCAGGAGACACAUGCGACAGAUACAACGCAGCGGGGAAGCCCUACAAAACCCACACCUGGAGGCCCAUAUAAGAGUAAUAAAAGUAAUGAUACUAUUUCUGGCCCUUUACAUUAUGUAUUUCACAUCGCUGGUCAUGGGUUCCCUCGAAAGGUACAGAACUAAGCAGCUGCCGAAUUACUAUGUCAUUGUACUGUGCCUGUACCCCUCUGUCCAUUCUGGGGUCCUGAUCUACUCCAACAGGAGGCUGAGAAAGGCCUGUGUGGCCAUGUGUCUUGGAUCCAUUCAUUGGGCAAAGGCCAGGAAACCAAUCGCCCAAACCCAGAACCCAGUCUAA